UCAAAAGUGGGAUUAAAAAAACAAUACAAUAUAAAAUUUAUGGAGAGGAAUAUUUCUAAAACAUUAAUUUUGUAUUUAAAUGUUCUUUGUAAAGUUUACCUCCCAACCUUUCUUUUUUAGUGGUUGGCCACAUCUCUCAUUUCUCUUUUUCUUUUUCUUUAUCUCUUUCUUCCUUCUCUAUCUCCCUCCUUUGAAUAUCUAUACAUAACUAUUCAUUCAGCAAAAGAAAAUAACAUCAUUAAUUGUUUUCAUUCAACUCUCACAUUUUGUUUAUUUAUAUUUGAUGGAUCAACUAGCUUGAUUUUUGUUUUGUUUUUUCAUGAAUGCUUAUCACAUUUAUAUAUCAAAAUUAUUUGGAAGAAGGUAAUGGAAAAUGCAAGGCCAAGGGAAGGAGAAUUAGCUUUCUUUUUUUCUUUCACAUAUUUGUGUAUGGUAUCACCGUCGCUUUAAUAAGGUUUUUUGGCUUGGGGUUUAUAGUUUCUUCCAUGGGAAACAAGAUGAAGGGGAUCAUCAAAGGAUUCAAAUAUAUGUUUAAUAAUUUUGCGGUGAAGGAGAGGGAGUUGGAGAUUGGAUGUCCAACUGAUGUUAAACAUGUGGCACAUAUUGGCUGGGAUGGCCAAUCUGGCAAUGCACCAAGUUGGAUGAAUCAAUUCAAGAAAGGGCCUGAUUUUGCAGCAGCUUCUAUUGGUAAUUCUGGUUCUUCCCUUUCUCCAUGGACUUCUCAAGGAGUUGGAGAGUCAAAUGAAGCGCAAUCAACAUGUGAGACUAACAAGGAGGUUAAUGUUAAGAAGCAGAGGAGGAGGAAGUCCAAGACAACUUCCUCACCAAAAUCUAGCUCAUCAUCAAGAGCAAUGAAAUCCAAGGCUAAAUUUGUAAGAGAACAAUCCAAACCAACAAAUAUAGAAGUGGCUUAAUGUUAGAACCAAAAACAAAAAUGAAUCUUGUUUUUUCCUAUCGAAGUUUUUU